UGACUUCUCCGCCGGAGCUUGAGAAGAGGAGCUGAGCUGCACAUAGGCAGCGGGAGCGGCUAUAGCGCCGGCCGCUGGGCAGCGAGCUGGGUUGGCUGGUAGCCGCUGAGGGCACCGGCUGUUAUUCUUGUUUGGGGGUGGAAAAGGGGACCGAGAGCGGCGCUUUUGAGCAUGUGGAUUCCGACGGAGCACGAGAAAUACGGAGUGGUAAUUGCGGGUUUUCGAGGAACAGUCCCUCAUGGCUUAUCACUGGAGAUUGGAGACACUGUUCAAAUACUAGAGAAAUGUGAUGGCUGGUACAGAGGAUUUGCCUUAAAGAACCCAAAUCUCAAGGGUAUAUUUCCAUCCAACUAUAUUCACUUGAAAAAUGCAUGUGUUAAGAACAAAGGGCAAUUUGAAAUGGUUGUCCCAACAGAAGACUCUGUUAUCACAGAGAUGACAUCAACUUUAAGAGACUGGGGGACAAUGUGGAAGCAACUUUAUGUGAGAAAUGAAGGAGACCUUUUUCACCGUCUGUGGCACAUAAUGAAUGAAAUCCUAGAUCUUCGGCGCCAGGUACUGGUGGGCCAUCUUACCCAUGAUAGGAUGAAGGAUGUCAAACGGCACAUCACCGCUCGCUUGGACUGGGGCAAUGAGCAACUUGGAUUAGACUUGGUUCCAAGAAAGGAGUAUGCUAUGGUGGAUCCCGAGGAGAUAAGCAUUACAGAGCUUUAUAGACUGAUGGAGCAUCGUCAUCGAAAAAAAGAUACUCCAGUACAAGUAAGCAGCCACCAUCUCUUUGUCCAGAUGAAGAGUUUGAUGUGCUCCAAUCUGGGAGAAGAACUGGAAGUCAUCUUCUCACUUUUUGAUAGUAAAGAGAAUCGACCAAUCAGUGAGCGGUUUUUUUUAAAACUGAACCGUAAUGGCUUGCCAAAAUGUCCAGAGAAGCCAGAAAGACAUUGUUCUCUCUUUGUGGAUUUAGGAACCAGUGAACUCAGGAAGGACAUCUAUAUCACUGUCCAUAUUAUACGCAUAGGCCGAAUGGGAGCUGGUGAAAAGAAAAAUGCUUGCAAUGUACUGUACCGACGACCUUUUGGCUGUGCAGUCCUCAGCAUAGCAGAUCUACUGGCAGGCGACACAAAAGAUGACCUUAUCCUAAAAGUCUACAUGUGCAACACAGAGAAUGAGUGGUACCAGAUCCAUGAAAACAUCAUCAAAAAACUAAAUGCUCGCUAUAAUUUAACAGGAUCCAAUGCUGGCCUGGCUGUAUCGCUUCAGCUGCUACAUGGAGACAUUGAACAAAUCAGAAGGGAGUAUACAUCCAUGUUUACUCAUGGUGUAUCAAUAACAAGGAAGCUGGGUUUUUCCAAUAUUAUCAUGCCUGGUGAAAUGAGAAAUGAUUUAUAUGUUACAAUAGAAAGAGGAGAGUUUGAGAAAGGAGGGAAAAGUGUGGCCAGAAAUGUGGAAGUGACAAUGUUCAUUGUGGAUAGCACUGGUCAAAUUUUAAAGGAUUUUAUCUCCUUUGGCUCUGGAGAGCCGCUAGCAACUGAAUUCCACACCUUUGUGUUGUACCACAACAACAGUCCUCGGUGGGCUGAACUGCUGAAACUUCCUAUUCCUGUGGAUAAAUUCAGGGGAGCACAUCUUCGCUUUGAAUUCCGGCACUGUUCUACAAAAGAAAAGGGGGAGAAGAAGUUGUUUGGUUUUUCUUUCGUCCCUCUGAUGCAGGAAAAUGGAAGGACGCUGCCAGAUGGCACUCAUGAACUCAUUGUGCACAAGUGUGAAGAAAAUAUAAGGCUUCAGGAUGCCAGUCACUACCUCAAAUUCCCUUUUUCAAAGGGACAUCUCCUUGGGAACAACCAUCCUGCAAUAAAAACCACUAAGGAGUCUUUCUGGAUUACAUCUUUCUUGUGUUCAACUAAGCUCACACAAAACGGGGACAUGCUUGACCUGCUCAAAUGGAGAGCCCAUCCAGAAAAAAUAGCAGGUUGCCUCUCAAAACUGAAAGAAAUAGAUGGCUCAGAAAUAGUGAAGUUCCUCCAAGAUACUCUAGACACUUUAUUUGGGAUUUUGGAUGAGAAUUCUCAGAAGUAUGGAUCCCACGUUUUUGAUUGUUUGGUUCACAUAAUAAAUUUACUGCAGGACAGCAAGUUUCAUCAUUUUAAGCCAGUUAUGGACACUUACAUUGAAAGUCAUUUUGCUGGAGCUCUUGCAUACAGAGACCUCAUCAAAGUUUUGAAGUGGCAUGUUGAUCGAAUAACAGAAGUGGAGAGGCAAACACACAACCAGGAAGUAUUAAAGGCACAAGAAUAUAUAUUUAAAUAUAUAGUUCAGUCUCGGAAGUUGUUCUCUCUUGCUACUGGAGGACAAAACGUGGAAGAAUUCUGCUGUUGUAUUCAGGAACUUUUGAUGUCUGUGCGAUUCUUCCUUUCACAAGAAACCAAAGGGGAUGCUGCUUUAUCUCAGGCCCAAGCAAUCUUUCUUAGUUCUUUCCCAGCUGUAUACUCAGAGUUGCUGAAACUCUUUGACAUGAGAGAAGUGGCAAACUUGGUACGUGAUACUUUAGUAAGCUUGCCUACCACCACAAACGCAGAUGAAUCCCUUCAAGGUGUAAAGCUUCAGUGCAUUGGAAAGAUAGUGGAGAGUCAGCUCUACACCAGUCCAGAAUCCCGAUAUAUUCUGUUGCCCAUAGUUCUGCAUCACCUCCACGUGCAUCUGCAAGAGCAAAAGGAUUUGAUUAUGUGUGCAAGCAUCCUUAGCAACAUAUUUUGCUUCAUCAAGAAAAAUGGUUCUGAAAAGUCACUUUUGGAAGAAAUAGACAUAAUUGUGAACAGUCUGCUAGAUAUACUCCUGAAAACCAUUUUGGAGAUCACAAGUCGACCUCAAUCAGCAGGGUCUGCAAUGAGAUUUCAGUUUCAGGAUGUUACUGGAGAAUUUGUGUCAUGCCUAUUGUCUUUAUUACGGCAAAUGACAGACAGGCAUUACCAGCAACUUCUUGAUAGAUUCAAGACGCGGGAUGAGCUGAGAGAUUUCUUGUUGCAAAUAUUUACUGUAUUUCGAAUAUUACUACAACCUGAGAUGUUUCCAAAAGAUUGGACAGUAAUGCGUUUAGUUGCUAACAAUGUUAUUAUUACAACAGUGUUAUACCUUUCGGAUGCCCUUCGUAAAAACUUCUUAAAUGAAAGUUUUGAUUACAAGAUUUGGGAUUCCUACUUUUACCUUGCUGUUAUUUUUAUAAAUCAGUUGUGUCUGCAGUUAGAAAUGUUCACAUCUUCCAAGAAGAAAAAAGUAUUGGAAAAGUACGGCGAUAUGCGGGUUACAAUGGGAUGUGAAAUUUUCAGCAUGUGGCAAAAUUUAGGAGAACUCAAAGUCCACUUCAUUCCAGCACUGAUUGGCCCUUUCUUAGAAGUGACAUUGAUACCUCAGCCUGACCUACGGAAUGUGAUGAUUCCUAUUUUCCAUGACAUGAUGGACUGGGAACAAAGGCGCAGUGGCAACUUUAAACAGGUAGAGGCAAAAUUGAUUGAUAAAUUGGAUAGUUUGAUGUCAGAAGGCAAAGGUGAUGAAACGUACCGAGAACUCUUCAACAGUAUAAUUCCACUCUUUGGUCCUUAUCCCAGCCUGUUGAAGAAAAUUGAACGGGAAACAUGGAGAGAAAGUGGCGUCUCGUUAAUUGCCACUGUAACCCGCCUAAUGGAGAGGCUGCUGGACUACAGAGAUUGCAUGAAAAUGGGUGAUGUGGAUGGCAAAAAGAUAGGAUGUACUGUCAGCUUGUUGAAUUUUUAUAAGACAGAAUUGAAUAAGGAAGAAAUGUACAUUCGGUAUAUCCAUAAACUGCAUGAUCUGCACUUAAAAGCACAAAACUUUACAGAGGCUGCUUACACACUGUUGCUAUAUGAUGAGCUGCUGGAAUGGUCAGACCGGCCGCUGAGAGAAUUCUUAAGCUAUCCCAUGCAAACAGAGUGGCAACGUAAAGAAUAUCUUCAUCUCACUAUCAUCCAGAACUUUGAUAGGGGAAAAUGCUGGGAAAAUGGCAUUAUCCUUUGCAGAAAGAUUGCGGAGCAGUAUGAGAGCUAUUAUGACUACAGAAACCUCAGCAAGAUGCGGAUGAUGGAAGCUUCUUUGUAUGAUAAAAUUAUGGAUCAACAGCGUUUGGAGCCAGAGUUUUUCAGAGUUGGAUUUUAUGGGAAAAAGUUUCCUUUUUUCUUACGAAAUAAAGAAUUUGUCUGCCGAGGGCAUGACUAUGAGCGCCUGGAGGCUUUCCAACAACGGAUGUUAAAUGAGUUCCCACAUGCCAUUGCUAUGCAACAUGCCAAUCAACCAGAUGAAACCAUCUUUCAGGCAGAAGCACAGUAUCUUCAAAUCUAUGCUGUGACACCAAUUCCAGAAAAUCAGGAGGUACUCCAGAGAGAAGGCAUUCCAGACAACAUCAAAAGUUUUUACAAAGUAAAUCAUAUAUGGCGAUUCCGAUAUGAUAGGCCAUUCCACAAAGGAGUGAAAGACAAGGAUAAUGAAUUCAAGAGUUUGUGGGUGGAGAGAACAACACUGAUCUUAGUGCAGAGUUUGCCUGGCAUUUCUCGGUGGUUUGAAGUGGAAAAACGUGAAGUCGUAGAAAUGAGUCCUCUGGAGAAUGCUAUUGAAGUGCUGGAAAAUAAAAACCUGCAGCUGAGAACUCUGAUCAGUCAGUGCCAGACUCGACAGAUGCAGAAUAUCAACCCACUCACAAUGUGUCUAAAUGGAGUAAUUGAUGCAGCAGUUAAUGGUGGAGUUUCCAGGUACCAAGAGGCCUUCUUUGUGAAGGAGUACAUCCUGAACCACCCAGAGGAUGGUGAGAAGAUCACCUGCCUGAGAGAACUGAUGCUUGAGCAGGCUCAAAUUCUGGAAUUUGGUUUAGCUGUACAUGAGAAGUUUGUCCCUCAAGAUAUGAGACCUUUACAUAAAAAAUUAGUGGAUCAAUUCUUUGUGAUGAAAUCCAGUUUAGGAAUACAGGAAUAUGCUGCCUGUAUCCAGGCUAGUCCAGUCCAUUUUCCGAACGGAAGUCCCCGUGUCCCUAGAAAUUCAGUACCUGUAUCUAUGAGUCCAGAGGGUGCCAGAGUAAUUCCUAGACGUAGUCCCUUAAGCUAUCCAGCUGUCAACAGAUACUCAUCCUCAUCAUUGUCCUCACAAGCAUCUGCAGAGGUCAGCAAUAUAACUGGACAGUCUGAAAGUUCUGAUGAAGUUUUCAACAUGCAGCCAAGUCCAUCUACCUCAAGCCUGAGUUCUGCUCAUUCUGCUUCACCUAAUGUGACCAGUUCUGCUCCAUCCAGUGCCAGAGGAUCACCUCUGUUGUCUGACAAGCUUAAACAUUCCAGAGAGAACUCUUGCCUCUCUCCAAGGGAGAGGCCCUGUAGUGCCAUUUACCCUAAUUCUUCUGAGCCUUCACAGAGGAUUAUGUUCAAUCACAUUGGAGAUGGCGCUUUGCCUCGAAGUGAUCCUAAUUUGUCUGGUCCUGAGAAGGCUGUAAACAGCACCCCCAGCAGCUGGAGCUUGGACAGUGGAAAAGAAGCUAGAAACAUGUCAGAGUGUGGAAAGUUAAUGUCACCUCCCGUACCACCAAGGCCCAUGCAAACUGCAUCACCAGCUCGACAUGUAACCUCAGUUUCCCCGUCACCUGCUGGAAGAUCUCCAAUGAAGGGUACAGUGCAAUCAUUUAUUCCAUCUCCUGUGGACUACCAUUCCUCAGGGCUCAUUUCCAACUCUCCAGUCUUGUCAGGAAGUUACAGCAGUGGCAUCUCCUCACUCAGUAGAUGUAGCACAUCAGAAACAUCGGGCUUCGAAACUCAAAUCAGUGAUCAUUCAGUACCUAUUCCUAACUGCAAUGUUUCGGAAGAGCCAAUGAGAAAAGAAAGUAAGACUCCACCACCUUACAGUGUUUACGAACGGACACUGAGGCGUCCUGUCCCGCUACCUCAUAGUCUUUCCAUCCCCAUUCCUUCGGAUCCUCCAGCUCUGCCACCCAAACCCAUGUUGGUCCGACCAAACAAUCUGGAAAACAGUAGCAAGAGAACUGAACAAGUCCCUCGUCCUAGGCCUCUUCCACGAAAAGUGUCUCAGUUAUAAAAAAAAGUCAUUUGUAAUGACUUAAGUGGUAAAACACAUCUAACAUAGGCACUUUAAUAAUUGUCACAAAUAUUAUUUGCAAUGAUGUUUAAAAAAUUGUUAAUAUUGUGUUGCACAAUUUGUCAAAUGAGAAUAUUAACAUAGCUUGCCAGUUACUGUGGGGAACAGAACUGAAUUUCAUUAACUUUAGGUACAACAAAUGUGGUAGUUUGAAUCUUACACUCGGUUUUUAUUGCAAACGUAGUUUAAGCAAAUUUAUCCUUCUAUUCCACAUCCUCAUAUUUGUAUGAUAAUGUACUUUUUAGAGUAUGCAGCAUAAUAUGGGUUAACAGUGCUAUCCUAUAAAGGUCUACUCAGAUUCCUACUCAAAUCUACUCUAUGGGCUCACUCCUGAGAAAGUGUUGCUAGGAUCACACUGUGACAUACAUAAGACGAAAACAUGUUCCUAUAACAAAGAAGUUUUAAUUUCUUCAUUUUUCCUAGCAUUUUGAAGAUGGCUCCCUCCCCAUUUUCAACCUAUACACGAACAGUAGUGAUUAUAUUACAUUGUAAAAUUUCAAGGAGGAUGCUGCAGCUGAACUCAUGAAACAAAUCGUUAUUUUAAGGUUCCUUUCUACUGACAGAACUCUGCAUUUUAUUAUACAUAUAUGUAUAUACAUUUUCAAAUAUUUGUAAAAAGUAUAAAUUCUUCAGCACUUUGGUAGUGGUUUGUCUACAUAAUCUAUACAUUUUUCCAAUUUUUUAAACUGAGGUGGGAUUUCAUUCAUAGCUUGCUACAGCUGAUAAGGAAAAUAAUUCCCAUUAAGGGAUGUUUAUAGAAUUUCCACAGAACAUUUUGAAACUUCACCUUAAAAAUUUCUGGUUUUUGAAGAAAAAAUUGAUUUGCAAGUUGUCCUUGUGACCAAAUUGACUGGGUAAUUUUCAUAGCGACCCACUAAGUGGCCACUAAAAUGAACAAAUUUAACAAAAAUGGAAAUUACUCUGUCCAUAUAAAUGUUAAGAAGAAAUAACUACAUGGGGCAUUAAUUUUAGAGUUCUGCUUAACUUGUGAAUAGUUCUUCUGGGUUCAAUUUUUAUAAUGACUUUUUUGUUACCUCAUCAGCCAUCCUGUGUGUUUUGGAAGUUUUUUAGCCUCCAUGUUGUGCAUUAUGGUACACAAUAGGAAGCACAGGAAGUGUCUGGGAAAGGGCAGGUACCUUUUCCUGAAUGCCUGCCACAUUCAGAUUCCAACAACUGGCUGUGUGGAUUCCUUAAUUAAUGAUGAUUUUUUUACAGGGUAACACAAUGGUCCCAUAUUAGCUAUUUGUAUUUGGGCUGAGAUUGGAGUACAGAUAUAAGUCAUCUAAGUUGUGAAGGGAUGCCUGCAUUUGUUUGCAUCUUCUGUUAAAAUACAUACAGCAGGGCCCCAAGCUUUCCCAGUCACUACUUCCAUGUACUGCAGAGGAAGAAACUACAAAUAAUGCAUGUGUGACUAUUCAUAAUUGACCCAGGGCAAUCUCCACAGCAAAAGUGGGUUGCGUAACGGACUGUGAGAAGUGAAAGCAAGAAUGGGAACACAUUUUGUACUUUGCUUGUACUAAAUCUGGUUUGUGCAGAAUGCCGAAAACCCAGUUUAUUUAGGGGCACACACAUGCGCAUGCAACCCCCACCCCCCAGUCGCCUCCCAAAUAACGAGAAUUGGUCCCAGGAAAAAAUCUAGUCACUCCAGCUGUUGAUGGUACUUUGUCAGGCCCUCAUUCCUUCCCUCACUCUGCCUUUUAUACAUGUCCUCCACUAGCGAUAACUCACAAAACUGUUGUAUCAGCCUAUUGCAAAGGAAACUGUAGAGAAAGAUUACACUCAAUCAUAUGCUUUUAUUCAUUUUGCCACUUUACUCAGGAGAAAUUGCUGCACACAAAACAUUUGUUAUAGUCAAAUGCAGUUCAUUUUCCACCUACUGUUAUACCUUCUUCCUUAUUCCUCUUUAUUUCCCAAGUGACUGAUCUAGCUAUAAUCAUGUGCUUUUCACCAAACUUGGAAAAAAUCAAUGGUUGCAGGGGGAGAGAAUAAGGUUAGGAAAUGGCAAAAAAAAAUUACUGGACUACAAAGGACUACAAAGAUCUGUUUUAUUUCUGAGUUUAAAAAAAGUUUGGGAACUGGUCAGGAAGGGGCAGAGGAAGAUUGAGAUCCCUAGCAGAGAGUGGAGGAAGAUUGACUUGUCCUGGCCUUCCUUUCUCUGACUAUUUAUUGUAGCUAACCAAUAGUAACUGGGUGUACAUUUAGUGAAGCAGUGCCAGCAGCCAGACUUGGAAGUGAGAAAGGAAUCAAGCAGAAGACUAAAUGAGGCCUUUGCACAAACAGAUUUGUUAUAUUUUCUAGUAUGCUAACCAGACUCUUCAACCAAAUCUGGUUUAAGUAAGGCAUAGUUUAUCAUAAUGUAUGAAUGCAGAGAAGAUCUCUACCCAAUUGUAAAUGGUGACACAGAGGUGGGAUCCAGCAGGUUCUCACAGGUUCCCAAGAGUAGGUUACUAAUUAUUUGUGUGUGCCAAGAGGGGGUUACUAAUUGGUGAUUUUGCCACGUGAUUUUUGCCUUAGUUACA